AUGAUAGAAGGGGAGAUGAGAGGUUGCGUUAUGGCAUGGAAUGAGUCAUUUUCACAUGAGGAUGCCACAUGCAAGCUAUUUUGUGGUGCUGAGUUGUCUUCAUCCGCAGCUAACCUUAUCUUGAAGUAUUUUCUCGUUCUAUUAAACCAAAUGGCUAGAGGCGAUGCAAUAAGGAGAGCCUAUGAGGUAGGUAAAAGUGAAGCUGACUCCGAAAGGUUUCUUCCAAAAGUGAGCUUCAACAAUUUCAAACAACAAGAGUAA